CAGUGUGAUCUACCUAGCUCAUGUGGGCCAUACGGUAUGUGCCAACGCGGCAAAGGGUGUUCGUGUUUGGACGACCGGAGGUCUUACACCUCCGGUCGUUGUGACACUGAAGAAAUACAUGUCACCGACGAUGACUUAUGCCGGAAAAAGUACACGGUGUUGAAGAAGAUCGGAGUUGAGUUACCAAACAAAGAGAUAAUGGCUUACACGAUCAUGAAUUCUUUAGAGAAAUGUGCACGUGCAUGUGAAGAGAAUUGCACGUGCUGGGGUGCGGUGUACAGUAACACAUCUGGAUUUUGUUACACCAUAGACUACCCCAUACAAACAAUUGUUGAAGCACUCGAUGAUACCAAGGUGGGUUAUUUUAAGGUGCGUGAGGGUGCAGGGAAAGAGAAUAAGCUUAUUGGGUUAUGGGUUGGGUUAGGUUUGCUAUGUGGGUUAGUUUUGUUAAGUUUGGGAAUUGGAGGGGUGUUUUUGUACAAGAGAGAAAGUAGAGGGGUUAAAGGGUAUGUAGAGGAGGAUGGUGGUGGGGUGGGGCCCUAUAAAAAUUUGGGGUCAGCAAGUUUCAAGUCUGUUGAGUUAAGUGUGAGGUGAUGUAAGCAAUGACGUAUUUUUGGUUUUGAGGGUUUGACUUUGACCAAGCUGUGACUUUGGGUUCAUAGAUCGUGGCUAAGAUGUGUUAAAAGUUCGAAUGGAUCUUAACGGUCACGUGAAGGAGAUAUGAAUUGAUUUGUACAAUUUAAAUGUAUCUAUAUAGGGAUGUUUGAGAUUGGUUAUUUGAUAUUUUAAUGAGUUUCUCUAUUAGAUAAAUUAAACUUAACAAGUA